AUGAAAAUCAUAGACAUUACCAAAAUGGUAGCAUUUGCACUUUGUGUAGUUUGCGAGGCCGAUGACGUACAGACCAUGAACAGAAUAUACGAUUGUUGCACCAGAGGCAAGUUCAGUGAGGCAGAAAGAAUGUACGAGGAAUUGUUGCAGAACACGAAGAAUAACAAGAGAAUCAACCACGAGUACGCUGAAUUCCUCUACAAAAUGGGGAAAUAUCAGCGAAUAAUCGAAUUAAAGGACAUUCUUAAAAUAACCAAAGAGAGGGAGGAUGAAGUCAAGCAAAACAUUGCUGUAAUAAAGACAGGCGUAAAUAAGAACAUCCUGAGACUGCUGGAUAAAAGUCCGAAUUCAUUUGAAAUUGUCUAUGCUGCUGCAGUCAACGCAUUUGAAAAGGGAGAUCGCACCAGGUUCUACGGCUAUUUCAACAGGCUCAAGAGCCUGAAUAAGGAUGAUAAUCGAGUGAUUCUGCUUCAGGCCAGACUCAACAUGGCUGAUGGCCAAUACCAGGAUGGAAUCCGCCUGUUUGAGAAGCUGGGGCACCAGAAUUUCGUAGAAUACGCCAAAUUGUUUCUGGACAAAAUUGCCUCAUUCAACUCAAUUUCAAGUGGUAAAGAAAAGGCGCAACAUUUCGUGCGUCUCUACAACAAUAUGGUACCACUGCUCAUCAAAGACAGGUACAAGCCAUCUCUGUACACCAGAAUUGCCAAAGACGUGCUUGAGAAGAUUGUGGAAAUUUGUUUGAAUAGUGCUAUUGUUGGUGGUGUCGCAUACAGCAACAAGCUGCUCUACUCAGAUCCAGGCAACCUGAAGCACGUUAUAAACCACAUCAGACUCCUUCUGGUUGAAAAUAGAGUCAGAGAAGCUGUCUAUUUAUUCAAGGAGAAGAAGAGUGAGCUGCCUAAAAAUGUUAGGGUGUUUCUGACUGACCUGAUUGAGAGGAAGCAGAAGGAGGUCGAAGAGGAGCAGAAGAAGCAGAGGGCAGAAGAACAGAGAAGACGAGAGCAGCGAGAGAGACGUAGACGUGCUCAAAUGGGUAAGUCAGACAAUGCUGGAAAGGACUUCAAGGAAUACUACAAAACAUUAGCCAUAAAGAAGGAUGCAAAAGAGAAGGAAAUAAAGAAGGCGUGGAAAAAGGCAGCUAAAAAGGCACAGAUUGCGAUGGCAAAGAAGGAGAGGGAGACAGGCGAGAAGGACGAGACACCACUCAAGCGAGUCAACAAGGCCUGGGAGAUACUUGGUGACCCUGAGAAGAAGGAACUGUACGAUAAGGGCCUUGACCCUGAGAAUCCACAGGAAAGUGCUAACUACCAGUACCAACAGCAAUUCAAUUUCGAUGGAUUUGAUGACUUCGACGAGAUCGUCUCCCAGUUCUUCGGUGGCCGAGGAGGUCAGAGAACCUUCAGGACGUUCUCGUUCCACUAA